AUGGCAAAAGCAGUGAAGAGAGUGUCAAAAGCUAGUAAAAGUACUAGAUCUAAACCUAAGACAGUGAUAUCACAAUCACAGAGGAAAAAGACAAAAUUUAAGGUUGAAAAAAUGAAUAAACAACAUGAUGCAUUGUCCUUUAAUGCUGGUGAGAUGAACAAAGCAUUGAGAGGUUCUCCAAAGGAAAAUGAUAAGAAAAGUACAUUACAUAAGAGAGAUAUUCUAGAAGGUCGUCAAAAGGAUCGUGCAAUUAAAGACCUACUGGAUAAGAAAGAAAAGGCUGCUGAUGAUAGUUUACUAAAACAAAUUGAAAUGAUGUCUGGAUUUUCUCUUUGA